AUGCUUCCUCAGACUCGGGCGCGCGUGCCCGCCGCUCUCCGGAGCUUGUCCCGGUCCAACGUCACCGUUCGGGCUCUCUCUACCACCCUUCCCCGCUUCCAGAAUGAGGACAAAGGCCUCAACAGGGUCUCGCGCACCAUCACUCAACCCAAGGCACAGGGUGCUUCCCAGGCCAUGCUCUACGCCGUUGGCUUGAAGGAGGCGGACAUGAACAAGGCCCAGGUCGGCAUUUCGUCGGUCUGGUUCAAUGGUAACCCCUGCAACAUGCAUCUGCUCGACCUCAGCAACAAGGUUCGCCAGGGUGUGCAGGACCAGAACUUGAUUGGCUUCCAGUUCAACACUGUCGGUGUCAGUGACGCCAUCAGUAUGGGCACCACCGGUAUGCGCUACUCUCUGCAGAGUCGUGAUCUGAUUGCCGAUUCCGUCGAAACCGUUAUGGGCGGACAGUGGUACGAUGCCAACAUCAGCAUUCCCGGUUGCGACAAGAACAUGCCCGGUGUGCUGAUGGCCAUGGGUCGUGUCAACCGUCCUAGUUUGAUGGUCUACGGAGGAACUAUCAAGCCCGGCUGCGCUGCUACUCAGGGCAACGCCGAUAUCGAUAUCGUUUCCGCUUUCCAGGCUUACGGUCAAUUCCUCACCAAGGAGAUCACCGAGCCCCAGCGCUUCGACGUUAUCCGUCACGCCUGCCCCGGCGAGGGAGCCUGUGGUGGUAUGUACACCGCAAACACCAUGGCUUCCGCUAUUGAGACCAUGGGUAUGACCCUUCCUGGUUCCUCCUCCAACCCCGCCAACUCUCAGGCCAAGUACCUCGAGUGUCUUGCCGCUGGUGGUGCUAUCAAGAAGCUGCUCACUGAGGAUAUCCGCCCUCGCGACAUUCUCACUCGCCAGGCCUUCGAGAACGCCAUGGUCGUUGUCAACAUCACCGGUGGCUCAACCAACGCUGUGCUGCACUUGAUUGCUAUUGCCGACUCGGUCGGCAUCAAGCUCACCAUUGAUGACUUCCAGGCCGUUUCCGACCGUAUUCCUUUCCUGGCUGAUCUCAAGCCCUCCGGAAAGUACGUCAUGGCUGACCUGCACGCUAUCGGUGGUACCCCCGCCCUUCUCAAGCUUCUGCUCAAGGAGGGUCUCAUUGAUGGCUCUGGUAUGACCGUUACCGGUGAGACUUUGGCUCAGAACUUGGAGAAGGUCCCUAGCUUCCCCGAUGACCAGAAGAUCAUCCGUCCCUUGUCCAACCCCAUCAAGAAGACUGGUCACAUCCAGAUCCUCCGUGGCUCCCUCGCCCCUGGUGGCAGUGUCGGCAAGAUCACUGGUAAGGAGGGUAUGACCUUCACCGGCAAGGCCCGCGUUUUCGACGGAGAGGACGCCUUUAUCGCUGCCUUGGAGCGCAACGAGAUCAAGAAGGAUGAGAAGACUGUGGUUGUCAUCCGCUACUGCGGUCCUAAGGGUGGCCCUGGCAUGCCUGAAAUGCUCAAGCCCUCUGGCGCUAUCAUGGGUGCCGGUCUCGGUAAAUCCUGCGCCCUCAUCACUGACGGCCGUUUCUCCGGUGGUUCUCACGGUUUCUUGAUCGGCCACAUCGUCCCUGAGGCCGCUGUCGGUGGUCCCAUCGGUCUUGUCAACGACGGUGAUAUCGUCACCAUCGAUGCCGAGAAGCGCGUUCUUGAUGUCGAACUCACGGAUGCUGAGUUCGCCGAGCGCAAGGAGAAGUGGGAAGCCCGCAAGGCUGCUGGUGACCUUCCCAAGACUGGUCUUACCAUGCGUGGCACUCUGGGCAAAUACGCCCGAACUGUCCGCGAUGCCAGCCAAGGCUGUAUCACCGAUGCUGUAGAGUAA